AUGACGACAAGAGAUGACAGAGUGAAAGAGCUGAAGUGUGACAGGACGCAGACAGAUCUAUCCGCUCAGGCCAGUCAAACUGCAGCUGACACAGCAGAAUCCAUUCACAGCAAAAGAAGACUAAAGAAGUUACAGAGUCUGGCACAAGCAAAGAAGGGACAUCAGAGUGGAGGAAAGAACACAUCUGGGAACAAUGAUUGUUUGGCAGAUGUGUUGAGAAACAACAAUCCGGUGCUAUCCUGCAUCGGCCAGGGGAAGAGAACAGAGAAGUCGAAUAAAGCUGCUGCAUCACCACAACAGGCCAAAGAACAUGAGGAUUCAGAGGAGGAGAGCAUUCUGAGCCCAAGGGUUGGAACUCAUCUGUGGAGCCCAUUUGAGUGUCCACAGCCCUGGACUCCUUUCUACCACACCUGCCAGCAACCUCGACAGGAGCUGUGGGCGUGUGGCGGCACCUUGUCACUGCCUCGCACCAGAGAGUGGGAUCGUUUCGAGACUUUGAUACAGAAACUGGACGUCAAGCAGCCCAUCAGUCCGUCUCCCCCACAAAUGAUCCGCUCCAUCACAGACCUGCACCUCUCACAAAACACAAUGACCAGAUUUGGGAGAUUUGACGCCUCCUCACAACGCUCGCCUUUAAUGAAACCGCAGGAUGAUGGAAUCUGUGCGGGGCAGAAAGAGGAUCCACUCAAAUCAAGGCUGCAGGAGGAGAAAAUGGAGGCGUCACCACAGACAGACAGGAAGCACGCCGACGCCCCGCCGGAGAGAGUCGUGACAGCCAUCCCCAAUGGGGACACAAAGAAAGAUGAGGUGAUGAAGGAGGCUGCAGGUGGGCGACGGUUCACUAAAAGACACAGGAAGUCCACUCACUCUGUGGAAAGCCUCUACAGCCUCAACAGUGGACAAAGCUCCUCAAGUGGAGUCACCAGUGGGUCAGACUGCUCCAGUAACAGAUGCAGUCUGAGGCUGGAGGACGAUCUCUUGUGCACCAGACAGUUCUGUGGCAGAGCCAGAGUCCAUACAGACCAUGUGCCAAGUCCAUACGACACAGAAUCCCUUAAACUCAAGGUGGGAGAUGUGAUUGACAUCAUCACCAAGCCCCCCAUGGGAAUAUGGAGAGGCAUGCUGAAUGGCAAGGUGGGAAACUUCAAGUUCAUUUAUGUGGACGUGCUGAGAGAGAGGAGUCCUGAGCCGCACAAGGAAACACAAACCCCCAAAGACAGACACAGGUCAACAGUCCAGGAAGUGUUAAAGCGCCUCAGUUUGGAGGAGUACUCCUCGUCCCUGCAGCAGAGCGGUUACCAGACAGUAGAAGACUUGAUGAGGCUGAGCGAGCAUCACCUGAUGGAGCUGAAUGUGACUGAUCCAGAGCACAGGCAUCGUCUGCUCGCCGCUGUCGACUCCCUGCAGCAACUGAGCUCCGAUCGUCAGACGGAGAAUGAGGCUAAUCAGGAGGCCGAGACCCCCGGUAAAAACACGAAGGCAGAUAUGAACAACAGCUCAAGGGACUCGGGCUGCCACGACAACACGGCAGAGGACACAGAGCUGCACAGUCCCUCUCAACCAGCGGAGAUGACGGCUUCAUGAAAGCAAUCCAUUCUUCAUCAUGCCUGCUUUAUCCCUUAAUGUGCUGCUGAGAUGACUUGUGAAUCAAGCACUGUUUGCAAUGAGGUGAUUUGACGUGCACUAAAACGCCCAUGUGGAGCAUUUACAACAGCAAAUCCUUCAACUCCACUGCUGG